CUAUCUUAUCUGAAUCUGAUGGGGAGACCUAUUUCCAUUUCUAUUUCUAUUUCUUUCUUCUUCAGUACUGUUAUUACACAGUACAGCUUCCUAAUCCUAUCAAUUAACUCUCAAACAGCAGCAGAUCAAGAUCAAGAUGCACUGUUAGCCUUUAAAUCAUCAAUAACCUCAGACCCUUCCCAAAUCACCACAAGUAACUGGACCACCACCAGUACCCCAUGCCGCUGGAAAGGCAUCUCCUGCACUACCGCCGGCAGAGUCACCGCCGUUAACCUCUCCGGCUUCGGCCUCGCCGGAACCAUUCCUCCGCACGUCGGCAACUUGACCUUCCUCACUUCUUUCGACAUUCGGUCCAACAACUUCUCCGGAUCCCUGCCUCAUCAAUUCUCUCACUUGCGCCGACUACAGGUCUUCGACAUCGGCUCCAACAACUUCGCCGGAACCCUACCGCCGUCGAUCGGAAUCCUUGCAGAACUCCGAUCACUUUCACUCGACGACAACAACUUCUUCGGCACAAUUCCGGCGACGUUUGGCAACAACUCCAUGCUACAAAUUCUAAAUUUGAGCUACAACUCUCUCGCCGGAAACAUUCCUCCGGAUAUUGCUAAUCUCAGUUCCAUCAAAACUUUCGAAAUCAUGUACAACCGAAUCACCGGCGCCAUUCCAGGCAGCAUCUUCAACCUUUCUUCUAUGGAGGCAAUUGGUUUUUCUGGCAAUGCGCUUUCCGGCACUCUUCCGGGCUAUAUGUGCGACCAUGCCUCGAAACUCAAGGAACUCGACAUCACCAGGAAUCAGCUCAGCGGCGAAAUUCCGUUCGACAUUUACAAGUGCCGCGAGCUUGAAAAGUUGUUGUUGUUUGACAACCAUUUCAAUGGCACAAUACCGAAGUCGAUUGGAUCGCUUGCAAAGUUGCGAACUUUACGACUAGGUAUUAAUGACUUCGAAGGGAGCAUUCCGGUGGACCUUCACAAUCUCUCGGAAUUAGAGGUUUUCGGCAUCAGCAGCGCGGCGCUUACAGGGCAGAUCCCUUCUUUCAUCUUCAACAUGUCCUCUUUACUAGAAAUAAAUCUUUCCAACAACAGCCUGUCCGGAAAGAUUUCGAAUGAAAUAUGGAACUGUCCAAAUCUCGAUCACUUGGAGCUGUCGCGGAAUGAGUUCACCGGCAACAUACCAAACCAUCUUGCCAACCUCACGGCUCUAACAUACAUAAAUUUGGGCAGUAACAGCUUCACAGGUGGAUUACCAGCUGAGCUUGGAAAUCUUAACUUUAGGGAGUUCAAAGUCUUCGACAAUAAUCUUACAGGUAGCAUCCCGGCGUCGAUGUUUAACAAGUCGAUAAUGGAAGUCUUCGAGCUUUCAGCCAACCGUUUCUCCGGGCAGCUUCCUUCAACUUUCGGCCUUUAUCUCCCGAGCCUGCGCGGGCUUUUUAUGUUCGACAAUCAGCUCAGUGGAGCAAUUCCAGCGACUGCUCGCAACAUUUCAAACCUUAUCGAAUUUGAGUUGGGGAGUAACUCUUUCUCAGGAUCGAUGCCGAGCUUUAGUAAUAUGAGAUUGCUGAAGUACUUCUACGUUGGCGAUAAUAAUCUCACCGGAGACUCGCCGAAUCAAGAACUGAGAUUUCUAUCUUUGUUAACAACUUGUACACAGUUGAAGGGGGUCGAUGUUUCGCUAAAUCAGCUCAAUGGCACGCUUCCGGCUGCGAUAGGAAAUUUCUCGUCUUCGAUGGAGCAAAUUUUGGCGAUUAGUAAUGGGAUUCGAGGAUCAGUUCCCGCUGAGAUCGGUAACGUGACGAAUUUGCAAGAGCUGUAUUUGACAGGCAAUGAGUUAACAGGUUUCGUCCCAAGAACACUAGGAAGGCUCGAAAAGCUCGUUCAACUGCAUUUGGAGCGCAACAAGCUCGAUGGAUUCCUCCCGGUCGAGCUUUGCGAGUUGAGGAAUUUGGGCGACGUUAAUGUGAGCUAUAAUGCGCUACGAGGAUCGAUUCCGCGAUGCUUUGGUGAGCUUAAAUCGCUUCGAAGAUUGUCGCUCGACUCUAACGAAUUCGAAUCCAACGUGCCCUCGAACAUUUGGAACCUUACGGAUCUUCUCAACUUGAACUUGUCCCACAACAUGUUUGAUGGAUCUUUGUCAUCGAGGAUUGGAGACUUGAAGGUGAUCACAUCGCUAGACUUGUCGUGGAAUCGAUUCUCAGGUGAAGUUCCGAGUUCGAUAGGCGAAGCAGAGUCACUGGCGAUCUUGUCGCUAGAGCAUAACGUGUUUGAAGGAUCGAUACCUACGUUGUUGGGAGAGUUAAGAGGUUUGGAGUCGUUGGAUUUAUCUUACAACAACUUUUCAGGAUCCAUUCCGGAUUCGAUAGAAGGACUCGUCUACCUCGAACACUUUAAUGUAUCUUACAAUAGACUCGAAGGUCGGAUUCCAUCCGGAGGUAAUUUCGAAAACUUUACAUCUUCAUCGUUUGCGAAGAACUACGCUCUAUGCGGCGCAGCUCGUUUCGGGGUUCCACCUUGUAAUGAAGAGCACAGAAACAGAGCAAGUUCAGUCUCGCUGGCGAAAUACAUCGCGCCGCCUUGCGCAUUAGCCGUCGUUGCGCUGAUCGUCGCUGUUGCGAUGAUUAUAAGAAGUCGAAGAUUAAGAAAAGAGGUUCUUGAUGAAGAAAACUCCUCUUUGGUCCAUCCAUUGGUAAGAAGAUCUUACCUAGAACUUGUAAGGGCAACAAAUGACUUCGACGACAGCAACCUACUCGGAAAAGGAAGCUUCGGCUCGGUGUACGUCGCGACGCUUUCUGAUGGCGCGACGGUCGCGAUAAAAGUUUUUAAUUUGGAGUCGGAGAAGGCAGCCGAAAGUUUCGUCACAGAAAUCCGCGUAUUGAGCGGCGUUCGCCAUCGUAAUUUGAUCAAAAUACUGGGCUACUGCAGCGAGCCCGGUUUCAAAGCGAUGGUUUUGGAGUACAUGCCGAAAGGGAGCCUCGAAAAAUGGCUGUAUUCCCACAACUACUCGUUGGAUUUGCUACAACGACUCAAAAUCGCGAUCGACGUCGCAUUCGCCUUGGAGCAUCUUCAUCUUCGAAACGCGACGCUGAUCGCGCACUGCGAUCUGAAGCCGAGCAACGUCUUGCUCGACGAAGACAUGACGGCGCAUGUCAGCGAUUUCGGUUUGGCUAAGCUCUUCGGGGAAGGCGAAUUCAUGGCUCAAACGCAGACUUUAGCGACGAUUGGGUAUAUGUCACCAGAAUAUGGAGGUCUUGGAAUCGUAUCGACGGCGGGCGACGUCUAUAGUUUCGGCGUAUUGUUGCUAGAGCUUUGCACGAGGAAAAGACCGACCGACGAGAUGUUUGCGGGGGAGUUGAGCUUGGUGAGGUGGGUGCAGCUGUCGAUGUCGAUGUCCGAGAACAGAACAAGCUACGGGGUUGUCGACGAGAAUCUGGUUGGCGACGGAGAUGAUGAUUGGGUAGCAAAGGAGGAAUGCUUGAGAUCGUUGCUACAUUUAGCAAUGCAAUGCUUAGCCGUUUUGCCAGCGGAUAGAAUGAAGAUUAGUGCAGUUGUGACCAAGCUAGAACAUAUUAGACUAGUAUAUACAGAAGCUACUGCUACUGCUACUGUUAGGGUAGACAAACAUUAAACAUACCGAGUGAGA